AUGAGUCAACAGUACCGAUCAUCUCAACAGCAGCAAGGCCGGGUCAAGAAGAAGGAGGAAGAUCCCGCUGAUUUCAUGCGCCUGGUAUGCAAUUCAUUUGCGCUGCAUCAUCACACACCAGCUGACCAUCUUCCACAGCCCGAAAAAGAAAUCGCAUCAUGUAUCAGCGAGAUGGGAAUUCCAUUCCAGCCUUCCGACCUCCAGAAACCAAACCCUCAGGUCAUCCAAAUGGUUUUCGAGCAUCUUGGUGAACUGGUCAUGAAUGCGACCCGAGAUAACCUGGAUCCUGCAAUGCGCGCCGCCGCCGAAGAUGUCUGCGGCGAGUUCCCCGAAAUGAUCCCCGUCGAGACCAGGCUUUUGAUGGGAUUCUUCGUCAAUCUUCGUACAAUGCUUGAGCAAUGCGGGAUCAAUGACUUCUCCUUCAAUGACCUUGUACGCCCAACUCACGAUCGCCUGGUCAAGAUCUUCUCAUACACCAUCAAUUUUGUUCGAUUUCGUGAAACUCACACUAGCGUUAUCGACGAAAACUUGAACAAAGCUCAGAACACUAAAGACCGAAUUGAGACAUUGUACACGGAAAAUCAAGAUAUGGAGCAGCGGCUAGAAGAAAUGAAGCGCAAUAGGAAAGCGAUGGAGAUGGCCGUCAGAGACAAAGUACGGCGAAAUGAUGAACUCAAGGCCAGGCUAUUAGAGCUCCGGAAAGGACAGGAACGAGUUUCUGAACAACUCGAACGAGCAAAGGCUGAAAAGGCACGUGCACAAGCCGUUCUGGAAGAGAAAGCGGAGAAGCUCGUGCGCACACGACAAGAAAGCGAAAAACUAAGGCCGUACGUGUUGCAAAGCCCUGCGGCUCUCCAAGAUGCCUUGGCAGAACUCUCCGAGAACCUGAUGCGGGAGAAGAGCCAGAUCGACCACCUUGAGAGGCGAUGCCGGGCACUUCAAACAUCAGGGGACAGUUUUACUGUUGUACAAAAUGAUGUUCAGUCAUGCGUAAAAGUCCUCGAUGAAGUGGCGGUGGAGCUUCAAAAGGAAGAGGAGGAAGAUGCUCGUGCUGCGAAAAACAGAGAUGCUCUAGCAGAUCGCGGCAAUAAUGUGCGCGAAGUGGAGCAGAAUGAGAAACUUCUCCAAAGACAAUUAAAGAAGUGGGAAGAUCGAAUUGAAGAGCUAAGAAGAAAGCAUAAAGACCGAGACGAUGCAAACAAGGCGAGAAUGGAAGAACUUCGCGAGAUUCAAAGACAGUUGAGAGAAGAAAGGGGAGAGAAGGGACGUGAGAUGGAGCGGCGCAAAGUUCGCAUUGAACAAACAGAGAAGAAGAUGGCUGACCUCAAAGAUAACAUCGAAAACGAGGUCCACAGCGCACAUGAAGAGUACUUGAAAUUGGAGUCGCAUAUUAAACUCUACAUCACCGAAAUGGAGCAGAGUAUAUGA